UGGGAAAGUAGCCUGUCUGCUUGCUAACCUUGUACGUUGCAACAAGGCGAGAUUGCUAUCUCGCCACGGUUGUUAGCUUUCUGGUUAGCUACAUACUUGAAGCGUAAAUACUUAUAUCUAUCUUAAACAUUUUGGCAAGGUGCAUAUCUUAAAUGAUAAAUCCGCGCAUGCGAGUGGCCUAGACAACACAUGAUUUAGUUUUAAUUAUCAAGUUAUAAGAAUUCUUAGAUAGCUUUCCCGCUACCAUAAGUAGCAACCAUCAAUGAUCUAAUCUAGCGUUAUUUUCCAGAUUUUAAAUAAGUGCAUUUACAUUUACAAAGUUUUGCAGACGGCAGAUGGUCUUUUCCAAAACCGCCUUGUUCCUUUGUUGUAUUUUAAUCUCGCAGGCCGAAUACGGUAAUGCAGAGUGAGAAACUCGAAUGAGCUGAGCUGAGGGGGAGAUUCAACUUAACUGGCGACACCAUACCUGGUUCCGUGCAGCAGUAGCCUACAUCAUCAAGCUACCUUGUGUCGCUGACAGCGAAAUAGGCUCCGCAAUUGUAUCAGGCAAAUUGGCAGCAGACGUCGCCCUGCUCUUGCAACUGGAUUCGAAGGGGCACGCACCAGUUAAUAGAAGCAGUUCCAGAAAAGCGGACUGAGCGGAGGGAACCUGGCGCCAUGACGGGGGCGGGGCUGGAUGAUGACAUUCCCCUGGGCGAGAGGAAGACGGUCACAGACUUCUGCUACCUGCUGGACAAGUCCAAGCAGCUCUUCAACGGCCUGAGGGACCUGCCGCAGUACGGGCACAAACAGUGGCAGUCUUACUUUGGCCGAACCUUUGACGUCUACACCAAGCUGUGGAAGUUCCAGCAGCAGCACAGGCAGGUACUGGACAGUCGGUAUGGGCUGAAGAGGUGGCAGAUCGGGGAGGUUGCCUCCAAAAUAGGCCAGCUGUACUACCACUACUACCUCCGCACCUCCGAGACCAGCUACCUGAACGAGGCCUUCUCCUUCUACUCCGCCAUCCGCCAGCGCUCCUACUACUUCCAGGUCAACAAGGAGGACAGGCCUGAGUUAGUGGUGAAGAAGCUGAGGUACUACGCUCGCUACAUCGUGGUCUGCCUCCUGCUCAAUAAGAUGGAUCUGGUGAAGGUGCUGGUUAAGGAGCUGUCAGAUGAGAUAGAAGAUUACACUCACCGCUUUAACACAGAGGACCAGCUGGAGUGGAACCUGGUUUUACAGGAAGUGGCUGCUUUUGUGGAGGCGGAUCCAGUAAUGGUGCUGAAUGACAAUAAUGUCAUUGUGAUCACAUCCAAUCGUUUGCUGGAAGGGGGCGUGCCCCAGCUGGAGCAGGGCAUGGUGGUUGGUCAGCUCGCCCUGUCAGACGCCCUCAUCGUCGGCAACUGCAGCAACCAGGUGAAGUUCAGUGAGUUGACCAUCGAUAUGUUCCGCAUGCUCCAGGCUUUGGAACGAGAACCCAUCACCCUGGCAACACCGAACACCAAGCCAGGCUCACUGGAGCCCACAGAGAAGCCGGCUAAGAGAGAGAACCCCCACAAGUACCUGCUGUAUAAGCCCACCUUCAGCCAGCUCUACGCCUUCCUGUCUGCCUCCUUCAAGGAGCUGCCAGCGAACAGCGUGCUGCUGGUCUACCUCUCGGCCACCGGAGUCUUCCCCACCGGACGCAACGACUAUGAAGGGCCCUAUGACUUUGGAGGUGUCCUCACUAACAGUAACCGUGACGUGGUGAACGGGGAGAUGCUACAGAAGAGGAACCAGGCGCCCAAGGAGAUGCACUGCCUGCACCCUGGGGACCUGCUCCCCUUCACUAGGAAACCCCUCUUCAUCAUCGUGGACUCCUCUAACAGCUCGGCCUACAAGAAUUUCACGAACCUGUUUGGACAGCCGAUGGUGUGCUUGCUGUCACCCACAGUGUAUCCGAAGAGCAUGCAAGACCAAUCGCAGCGCGGCAGCCUCUUCACGCUCUUUCUGUACAGCCCCCUGGUGGCCUUCCUGUACGUCUGCGGGCUGAGCAGCAUGCGCCAGGGCAUGUGGGAGAAGGCCCAGGAGCUCCUGCAGAAGGUGUACCGCGAUAUCGGCCAGCUGAUGACGCACUCUCCUGCCAUAGACCAGGCGUUUCUGCAGUUCUAUGGUGAUGAGUUCCUGCGGUUGCUGCUGCUCCGUUUCAUCUUCUGCUCGGCGGUUCUGAGGCUGCACAAGCUGUUCCGGGAGGCCCGGAGCUUUCCGGAGUCCUAUCCCCCGCUGCCCCCGCAGGACACGGUGGAGAACAGCGUUCUGCAGCGCGGCGUGCUGGAGCUGGCGGCCAUGUUGGACGUGCAGAGCCUUUUCUGCGACGGGCUGAUGGACAGCUACUGACCCCUCCCCCCAGCCACUCCCAGCAGUACCUGGCCAUGCCCAGUUCCACCCAGCCACGCCCACAUGCUGACAGCGCUCUCUGGAGGAGGGACUUUGGAGAUUUGACCUUGGAUUUAAAUGUUAUUUUUCAGGGUUUUUGUCUUUC